AUGUCCUUUACACCGUUCGUGCUUGUCACCGACAGGCUCAUCUUUGUGCCUACCCCAAUGUCCGAGUCCAUCAAAGGCUACCGAGACUUGUUCAAGAGAUUACAUGAAGACCAUUCAUUCUGUGACAUGGGAUUCGGAGACGCAUUUCCCGCCCGGGCCUGGACCGACGAUGAGAUCAGAAAUGUGCUCAUGGCGGGGGAUAUCUCUCGUCGCUGGAACAAGAGGAACAUGGGCGACUUUGCCGUCGGGCUGCUGCCAACCACAGCCACGGGAAACCUCUUAUUCAGCUCCAACGAAGGAAGGAAGCUGAAAAAGUCGCCAGAGAAUAUCCGCGUCAUCGAGCUCGAUCGUUGGGACAACCCAAGCUGGCAGAACGACGUCGAGUGGGUUGGGUAUUCCUGCGCCCGGGACUGCACGGCAACACUCCCGCCGCUUGACGAGGGGGAGGCUCCCUUGCCGCCAUGGCAAGAAAUGUUGGAGAUGCGUUAUGGCGUGAGCCCCGAGCACUGGGGUAAAGGACUGGCUCUCGAGGCAUCCAAGGUGGUGAUCCAGUGGGCUAUUGAGGAGAGAGGUGUCCGGCGAUUUAUUGCUGAGACGCAAAAGGGGAACAGCAGAAGCCGCCGAGUGCUGGAGAAGCUGGGAUUCCAGAUGGUCGAUAGCAAUUACUUCAAAGAAAAGGACGUCUUGGACGAGUGGGAAAUGGUGGUGGCAUAG